AUGGGUAAUGGUUAUUCUCAUAAUUAUGGCUACAACCCUUUUAUGCCCUAUGGUCCUUAUUAUGGUGGUUAUACUCCUCAUGCUCAAUUUUUUGGACCUAAACCGCAACUUGUUUUUUGCCCAACAUGUAAUCAAAAUACAAAAACUAAACUUCAACUUGUUGCUGGGUUGAAUUCUAAAUUGAAUUGUAUUUUGUCUUUACUUAUUGGGUUUGUUGCUUGCGCAUUUAGUAUGCUUUUUCUUGUCUUUUCUAUUAUUAAUGGCGAUACUUCUCUAAUCAUCUUUUUUUCUUUUUGUCUUAUUUUUGGGCUUUUUAUUAUUGCUUACUCGUUAACUCCAUUUAAUCAGGAUAUUUAUAAAGAUGCUAAACAUUAUUGUAGUGAUUGCAACAAUUAUGUAGGCAAAUAUAUACGAGAUCCCCGCAGGCCCGUAGUUAUACUGCCACCAGAAUCAUAUAAACACAAAGUCUAUCAACCUAAGGAUAAUUUAGUAGAGACAGUAUAA